AUGGCUCACAACAAGAGCAACGACAUCCCGUUGGAUGCGCCUGAGACACCCGGCGCUGAUCCUGCUGGUCAUGGCGACGACAACGGCAAGCCUCUCGACCACGUUGCGAGCCGUAGCUCGAUCUCAACCGACGAAAAGUCAGCUGGUGUGCGCCGCGUUGAGGCUCUGGCCUCCGUCUUGACUACCCGUGACCGCAUAUUCAUUUUCUUCGGCGUCUUUCUCGUCGCCUUUGCCUACGGGCUCGACGGCGUGCUCCGAUACACCUACCAGCCCAAGGCCACCGCCUCUUUCGACCAGCAUUCGCUGCUAGCUACUGUCAAUGUACUACGCGCCGUCAUCGCAGCGGCUGCUCAGCCAACUUCGGCAAAAAUUGCCGAUUUAUUUGGCCGUGCCGAGCUCGUCGCCCUAUCCGUCUUGUUCUACGUCGUCGGUACCAUCGUCGAGACCACUUCGACCAACGUUUCGACCUUCGCUGCCGGCGCCAUCAUUUACCAAAUCGGAUACACCAUGAUCAUGCUGCUCGUCGAGGUCAUCGCUGCCGAUAUCACGUCAACUCGCGCCCGCCUCAUCUUCAGCUACAUCCCCGCCAUGCCCUUCCUCAUCACCACUUGGGUCAGCGGCAACGUCUCUGAUGCUGUGCUCUCCGUCACCGACUGGCACUGGGGCAUCGGCAUGUGGUGUAUCAUUUACCCCGUCUGCGCCAUGCCCCUGAUCAUCAGUCUGGCGCUGGUCGGCCGCCGCGCCCGUCGCGAGGGUGUCAUGGAGAAGUACGGUGAUUCCGUCAAGCGUGCACCAUGGGGCGAGUUCCUCAUCGACCUAUUUUGGCGCCUCGACGUGAUCGGCAUCAUUUUGCUUAUCGCCGUGUUCGCUUUGAUCCUCGUUCCCAUGACCGUCGCGGGCGGUUUCGAGUCCUCCUGGACGGCCGCGCACAUACUCGCGCCCCUCAUCGUCGGCGUCUGCACGAUCCCCGUAUUCGUCUUCUGGCAGCUGCGCGCCCCGCACCCUCUCGUGCCUUUCUACCUGAUCCGCGACCGUGCCGUCUGGGGCGCCUUGGGAAUCGCCCUGCUGCUAAACUGGGCUUGGUACAUGCAAGGCGACUACCUGUUCACCGUCCUGACCGUCGGCUUCGACUUCGACACCAUGACCGCGACGCGUGUCUCGUCCUUUUACAGCUUCUUCAGCGUCGUAUCCGGCUGCAUCCUAGGCUUCAUCGUCUACCGCGUCCGCCGCCUGAAGGUUUUCAUUGUCGCGGGCACCUGCCUCUUCCUAGUCGCCUUCGGCCUCUUGAUCCGCUACCGCGGCGACGCCGACACCGCAAACCGCGCCGGUGUCAUCGGCGCCCAGGUUGUCCUCGGUCUUGCAGGCGGCAUGUUCCCCUACCCGGCGCAGGCCUCGCUCCAAGCUGCACUCAAGCACGAACACCUCGCCGUCAUGACGGGUCUCUACCUCGCCACUUACAACCUCGGGUCCGCCUUUGGCGGCGCCGUGUCGGGCGCCAUCUGGACCCAGGUCCUCCCCAACGACCUGGACCAGCGCCUGACCCCUUUUAACAAUGCCACGCUCGCUCCACUGGCUUAUGCCAACCCGUUUGUGUUCAUCGACGAGUACCCCAUCGGGACGCCCCAGCGCCAGGCUGUCAUCGAAUCGUACAAGCACGCGCAGCGGCUGCUGACUAUCACGGGUAUCUGCUUGUGUGUUCCGUUGAUUGCGUUUGCAGCUGUGUUGCGGAACCCAAAGUUGAAUGACGAACAAACGUUGGCGCAGGAUGCGCCGGCAGUAUCGAUGGCGCCCGUGCAUACGGAAGGGCUCCAGCAGGAAAAGACUGGCGAGAAGGAGGUUGCGGUGUAA